GGGAGUAGCUGGAGGAGGAGGAGAUCCUCAACUUGGGCUCCGGAGUCGGCGCUCCUCCCGGUGCGGAGCAGUAGUCAGGUCUCCGCCGGACCGACAUGCACCAUCCGCGCGCGCGGCAGUGAGCGGGGCGAGCGUGCAAGAUGCAGGCGGAGGACAUGGAGGUACCAAUCAUUAGUAACCUUAACGAUAACGGCGACAGGCAGAGGCCGAAAGGGAAAGAUGUGUUCAAGGAUCAGCAGAAGGAGUCGGAGAGCUCCAUGGAGUCGCCCAACCUGGAGUUCGAGUACGGGGACACGGACACGCUCACCGCCGAGCUUUCAGAGCUCUACAGCUACACGGAGGAGCCGGAGUUUGCCCUGAACAGAGACUACUUUGAGGAGGACUUCAAGAGCCACGCUCGGGGCAGGAGGUGGAUCGAGCUGACGCUGGAGGAACAGAGGGCGUACGUGAUGAGGCUGCUGGACGCGCUGGAGGUGACGGACCGAGACAAGAGGCUGAAGGUGGCCCGGGCCAUCCUCUACCUGGCCCAAGGAGUGUUUGAUGAGUGCGACACUGAGGUGGAUGUGCUCCACUGGUCCAGACACAACGUCUUCCUGCUCUACGACAUGGGCAUCUUCACGGCGCUGCUGGAGCUGCUCAGCAUGGAGAUAGAUAACAGCCAGGCGUGCAGCAGUGCCGUGAGGAAGCCUGCCAUCUCUCUUGCAGACAGCACAGAGCUCAGGGUGUUGCUCAGCAUCAUGUACCUGAUGAUGGAGACUGUCCGGGUUCAGACUGAAGACGACAGACCCGAGUGGACGGCGGCCAGAGAGACCUUCAAGAAUGAGCUGGGUUCUCCCCUGUAUAACGGAGAGCCUUUCGCCCUGCUCCUCUUCACAAUGGUGACCAAAUUCUGCAGCAUGAACGCGCCGCACUUCCCCAUGAAGAAGGUCCUGCUGCUGCUCUGGAAGACCGUACUGUUCACGCUGGGCGGCUUCGAGGAGCUCCAGGAGAUGAAGGUGGGCAGCCGGCGCCGCCUGGACCUGCCGCCGCUGCCGGAGGACAGCAUCAAGGUGGUCCGGGCCAUGCGGGCGGCCUCGCCCCCGGCCUCCGCCAUGGAGCUCAUCGAGCAGCAGCAGCAGCAGAAGAGGGGCCGGCGCAGUCGCAGGAGUGCCUUUGUUGAUAGCUUGGAAGGAGACAGUCCCUAUCCCAAGAAGCAGCCCCUGGUCAAGCAGGACAGCCUGGACACGUACAACGAGCGCGACCCCUUCAAGAACGACGACGCCCGCGACGAGGAGGAGGACCCCGAGGACGGCGACAGCGGCAUCGAGGGCGAGGUGGACCCCCUGGACCGCGACGUCAUCAUCCAGCCGCCGCCGCCGCCGCCCCUCCUCAGGCCGCCGGCGGAGCGGGUCAACUUCCCCAAGGGCCUCCCCUGGGCCCCCAAAGUCAGGGAGAAGGACAUCGAGCACUUCCUGGAGACCAGCAGGAACAAGUUCAUCGGUUUCACUCUGGGAAACGACACAGAGACCCUGGUGGGUUUGCCCAGACCCAUCCACGAGAGCGUCAAGACUCUCAAACAGCACAAAUAUGUGUCUAUUGCUGAAAUCCAGAUUAAGAGGGAAGAGGAGCUACAGCAAUGUCCAAUGACUUUGGGGGAGGAGGAGGUGGAGGAGACUCCAGCAGAGGCUCUGUACCUGGGCAUGCUUCCUAACCUCUCUCAGUACGUGAUUGCCCUGUUGAAGCUGUUGUUGGCUGCCGCUCCGACCUCCAAAGCCAAAACCGACUCUAUCAACAUCUUGGCCGACGUGCUGCCUGAGGAGAUGCCUAUCACUGUCCUUCAAAGCAUGAAGCUCGGAAUAGAUGUGAACCGUCACAAGGAAAUCAUUGUCAAGGCCAUCUCUGCUCUGCUGCUGCUGCUCCUCAAGCACUUCAAGCUCAACCAUAUUUAUCAGUUCGAAAUAGUCUCCCAGCACCUGGUCUUUGCCAACUGUAUCCCACUCAUCCUCAAGUUCUUCAACCAGAACAUCAUGUCCUACAUCAGUGCCAAAAACAGCAUAUGCGUCCUGGACUUCCCGCACUGCGCCGUCCACGAGAUGCCCGAGCUCACAGCUGAGAGCCUGGAAGCGGGAGACAAUAACCAGUUUUGCUGGAGGAACCUGUUUUCCUGCAUCAACCUGCUGAGGAUCCUGAACAAGCUGACCAAGUGGAAGCACUCCCGGACCAUGAUGCUGGUGGUGUUCAAGUCGGCCCCUAUCCUGAAAAGGGCGCUGAAGGUCAAACAGGCCAUGAUGCAGCUCUAUGUGCUCAAGCUCCUUAAGAUACAGACCAAGUACCUCGGCCGCCAGUGGAGGAAGAGCAACAUGAAAACCAUGUCGGCCAUCUACCAAAAGGUCCGGCACAGGCUCAACGACGACUGGGCCUACGGAAACGAUAUCGACGCGCGGCCCUGGGACUUCCAGGCGGAGGAGUGCGCCCUCAGGGAGAGCAUCGAGAGGUUCAACAGCCGGCGCUACGACAAGAACCGGAACGGGGACUUCGCGCCCGUGGACAACUGCCUGCAGAGCGUGCUGGGCCAGCGGGUGGACCUGCCCGAGGACUUCCACUACAGCUACGAGAUGUGGCUGGAGAGAGAGGUGUUCUCCCAGCCCAUCCAGUGGGAGGGGCUGCUGCAGCAUCCGUGACGCCUGGAGAGGGCGUCCGGAGCCGCUGGAGGACCCGCGCAGGCCUCGAUGGGAGAGGGGCGGGGGAGAGCACAAGACCACAAGUCCAGCUUCCUGCUGUGAGCUCAGCACGAAUAGACAUGACACACUAGACUCUCAUGUGCCUCUGACUACUGUGACGUGAGGUAGCGCUGUAGCAGGAGGCCGGUCACACUGCCCCCAGCGUUACUCAGCAAAGAUGUCGCCCCUUUUACACGUUGGUGCUUUAUUUAUAUGUGGUGUGUGUCGAUUCACUAUAAAUCUUUUUUUUCAUGAAAUGAUCUCUGAUUAUUAUUUUUGGGGGAUGUUUGUUGUGAUGUGACCUGUUUUUUAAAGGCCUUUUGGAAACAAUCACAGGGUCAUUUUAAUUGUCCAAAAGUUAGAAUUGGACUAAUUUCCUCUCAUGGCACCAAAAAAAAACUAUACCAGCUCAAAGAUGAUGGUUUGUGAAAGUCACAAGUGUUUGUGUGUGCAGGAAAAAAUGUUUGUGUAAAUGUAUGAGGAGGAUUUUGCAGUAAAGUAUCGACCUUAUAACAGGAUCUCCUGUUCUCAGAGUUAUAAUCACUGACACUGUCAUCCAAGAUUGCAGUAUUCCUGUUGGGAUUCUUCUCAAUCUGUCCGACAGCAGCACAAAAUCACUGAGCCCCCUCACAAACGGUGCUGUUUUUUAAAAGGUCAACUGACUUCACUUUAAUCUAUCUGACAAAAGUACAAGAUUUCAAACUUCCUUUAACAGAUUUAAUCAAUUGCAUUUUGUAACGAUGAACAAAUCUAGAGUUUGACACACACACACACACACACACACACACACACACACACACACACAGUUAAGCAAUACUGUACCUGUAUGGAUGGUUCUGAGGGUGAACGGGUAGUGUCAUGCAUCCCGUGGGGUCCUUACAGAAUGUAUGGAGAGGAUGAAGGUACUCUCAGGGGAGCCGUCGAUGUAGAGAACGCUCUGAGCAGAAACACCGCCAGGUUCCCGGGUCUGCGCCCACGUGGAACGGACCAAAAGACAUGUUUUUAAUCAGAGGACUUUCUGCUUUAGUGCGACUUUUGUUUCAGUUUAGUGUCACUAUGUCACAAAGGCAAAUUAGGAUCCAUCAGAAAGCAGAAGCAGACUCUGUGCUUAUAGACCCUAAAUAUAUGAGCGCUGAAUACGUUUUAGAAAAGCUUUUCUGUGACCGGGGUUUGUACCUGUGUCGUUUGCGUACCUACAACUCGAGCACAGAGAACAGGAAGCAUGUGAUUUGUUAAUUUUCAAAAUCCCUGUGACUGGUUGGAGUCACCUUUGUUAUCUUUGUAUAUUUUUGACAGUCUUGUGCUUGUUGUGGAAAUGUGCAUGAGCGCUGCUACUGUAUGUUUCGAAUAUCUGGUCACACUUUAUUACGAUACUUGGAAUGGCUUUUCUUUCCAUCUAGCGAUGUUUCAAAGUGAACUCCACCCCCAACCCCACCCCCUGCGGUGUUUUCAUGUUCAGGAAAGCAAAGUCUUUAGAAAUGCUACUGUCAACAGGAUAUAGAUUCUCAGGUUUAUGCAGAGUAUGUAUCUCAAAUGUCAACAUAGAAGCUGUAGUGAAGAAUAAAUGUAUAAAACCACAGAGUAAUAUUGCAAGAACACAGCCAAAACACAAUAACUUGUGUCUUGAUCAGUUGCAUUUCAAGUACAGAUGUUCGUUUUGUGUGUUGUGCCAAAUUCCAGUGCCAUUUUGUAUUUUUAUUUAAAUGAUUAACGCCCUCCACAAUGUCUUUCAUUCAAAUCACCACUAAAGGUUUGCAAUACAAGAUGUUCUUUUCUACCUGGAUAUUGCACAAUGAGUGUUUAGCAUUGUAUGGAUGUUACCACUACUGUAUAUGUUUUGUUUUAUAUGUAUAUAUACAGCAUAUACUCUAUACUAUGUUCAGGGUUAUGUGCAAUUACAGAUCCAGAGAGGCAUUAUUAAAUAAAAGCUCAAAUUAC